AUGUCACGUGAAGCUGUGACGCAGCAAAAACUUGUCGACAUGCAAGCGGAAGUCAUCCGUUUGGUCGACGAGAAGAAGACCUGGCAGGCGGAGAAGGAACAACUCGAAAAGAAGCUUGAGGAAUCGGAUGAGAAGUUGCGCACUCUUCAGUCGGAGAUGGAGGCCGCGGAGAAGGAGUUCGAGGUUUUCCGCGAGGAAAACACGAAGGAGACCAAGGAGCUGGAAACCCAAUUGAAUCUCUGGAUUGAGAAGUACCAGGUGCUGGACAAGGUGAGCGAUGGUUGCCAGGCGACUAUCAAGAGCCUGAGAGGCCGGACCGACGCCAUGCAGAAGGAGCUGGCCGAGAAGGACGCAACCAUUCAAGAACAUCUCGACUGUCGCGACGAAGCUAUCUGGGAAAAAAGCAACCUUCAAAGGGAGCUCGAAAAUACUUCCCCCACCUUCAAGAUGCUUCGUCAGGAGAACGAAGCUCUCCGCGACGAGUGCAAAAUCCAGAUCAGCAUCGUCGCCGAGCUCGAGAAGAAGUUGACCACUGUCAGUAAUCAAUUCACUGGCGCUAUGACUUCCAUUCAGGUCUUCGGCACUGCUCUCGGAACUAGCCAGGCCAAAGACCAGAAGAAAACAAUCGAUGGCAUCCAACACUAUCAAGCCGCGUACAUCAAUCUCCAGCACGAGAACAAGAAGCUAAUGGAGGAGGUGUUCAAGUUGAAGUUGGAGAAGGAGAAGUCGAUUGCCGACGCUGUGGAGGAGACCAAGGCGAUGAUGAACAAGCAGUUCGAGGAACUCCACGUUCAGGAGGCUCACAAACGCGAAGAGGGCGUAAAGUGUCAGGUGGAGCAGUAUCAUCAGGACAUGAAGAAGGCCUUCCUAGAAUCGCAGAUCGAGAUGGCGAAGUUUUCGCACGAGUUGUCCGUAAGUGUUGAAUUAAAAAAAGGAGAGGGUUAAAAAAAAAGUUACUUUAAACAUCUCAAGUUAUCUGAGUCGCUAAAACGUUUAUGGAAACGAACAUUUUCUGUGAAUCAAAUAAAAUUGAAAGAAAACAACGAUGAAUAUUGCAACAAUUUUUGUUUUCAGAAAUUCGAGAAAGUGAUGGAUGGUAUGGCGGAGCACGAGAACGUGUUGAACGGCCAAUUGUCGAAGCUCAACGAGAACCUCGCGCAAUCAGCCGAGAUGAACCGUCCGGGUGUAAUCGACUGGACCGGCGCGGAUUCUCCAAAAUAUCAAUCUUCGGAGCACGCACCGGACAACGACUACUACGAGGACUACUGCUCGGAUCACUAUCCGGACUACCAGGGCGUGGACCAGGAGUUCCAAUCGGGUUCCAAGAAACAGAAGGGCAACUACGGUUCGGACGAAUACAGUCGCUCGGGGAAGAAAUACAAGGGUGGCCGUCGCUAUGGAGACUACUACAAGCGCGACGCCAAGCCAUCGGACCAGUAA